AUGCAGAGAGCAAGUAAGAUGCGCCUGCUAGGGCAGCAGCUAAGGAGGAGGGUGAACUGGAGCAGCGUCACAGUAUUGCCAUACUCGACAAAAAUAAGCCCAGUGGAAAUUUCCAAAAUAUUGGAGAAGAAAUUUGAAAACUUCGAUUUUAAGACGUCCGCAAAUGAAGUGGGAUACGUGUUAAGUGUGGGGGAUGGUAUAUGCAGAGCCUUCGGGUUGAAUAAUGUGAAGUCGUCUGAGUUGCUUGAAAUCCACAAUAGUGAUGCGUCUACAGGGGGAGGUGCUUCAAGCAUCACCUACGGAAUGGCAACGAACCUGGAAUACGAUAACGUUGGAGUGGUUAUUUUUGGAAACGACAGAAACAUAAAGGAAGGUGAUAUAAUAAAACGAACUAACAGAAUUAUCGACGUGAGUGUUGGUCCUGAGUUGUUAGGUCGAGUGGUGGACGGGUUGGGAAAGGAGAUUGACGGAGGGAAGCCCAUCCAAACGAAUGAAAAAAGGAAGAUUGAAAUAAAGGCACCAGGGAUUAUUGCACGUAAGAGUGUAAACGAGUCCAUUAUAACGGGAAUUAAGUGCAUAGACAGUUUAGUCCCCAUCGGUAGAGGACAGAGAGAGUUAAUUAUAGGAGACAGACAAACAGGAAAGACAGCCAUAGCAGUAGACACGAUAAUUCACCAGAAGAAUAUUAACGAACAGGUGCCAGACAGUGAAAAGGUCUACUGUGUUUAUGUUGCCAUUGGACAGAAAAAGAGCAACAUUGCAAAGUUGGUAAAUCUUCUGAAAAAGUACGAUGCGUUGAAAUAUACCAUUAUUGUAAAUUCGAGUGCAUCGGAUGCAUCUCCGUUGCAGUUUUUGGCUCCCUACACAGGUUGUGCUAUGGCAGAAUAUUUUCGAGACAAUGGAAAGCAUGCGUUAAUUAUUUUCGACGAUUUGAGUAAGCAGGCAGUUGCUUAUAGACAGUUGUCCCUGCUUCUGAGGAGACCCCCAGGGAGAGAAGCCUAUCCAGGGGAUAUCUUUUACAUCCACUCGAAGCUCCUGGAGAGAUCAUCUAAACUGAACGACAAGCUGAAAGGGGGAAGUCUCACUGCUCUCCCAAUCAUAGAGACGCUAAACAACGAUGUGUCUGCCUACAUUCCAACCAACGUGAUUUCCAUCACGGAUGGACAGAUAUUUCUAGAAAGCGAAUUAUUUUACAAGGGAAUUAUUCCUGCCAUUAAUGUUGGACUGAGUGUGUCUCGAAUAGGAAGUAGUGCUCAGUACAAGUGCAUGAAAAAACUGGCUUCCUCUAUGAAGUUGGAGUUGGCCCAAUUCCGUGAGAUCGUUGCCUUUUCUCAGUUCGGCUCAGACUUAGAUGCAUCCACGAAGAAGCUCAUCGAGAAGGGAAAAAUAUUAACGGAAAUACUAAAGCAGAAACAGUACUCCCCCGUCAGCAUCAGUUACCAGAUUUGCCUCAUCUAUGCGGCUACGAAGGAUUACCUCGCUAGCCUUACCAUUGAUAAAGUGCAGGACUUCGAGAAGAGGUAUUUUGAAUACCUGGACAAUAACUACGCAGAUGUGCUGAAGAAAAUUCAGGGCAACUGCGAUUUGUCCGAGGUGGAGGACCAAAUCAAGGAGAGCAUCCAGCGCUUCCUCGAGCUCUACAAGGGGGAGACCUCAUAA